AUGCCACUCACCAAACCCGUCUACCACAACAACCCCAAGCUGCCUUGGGUAGUUCAGAAGUUCGGCGGUACCAGCGUCGGUAAAUUCCUGGACAACAUUGCCAAUCAAGUGAUCAAGGAAUACGUCAAGCAAAACCAAGUGGUGGUGGUUUGUUCAGCACGAAGUGGCGAAAGCAAACAGACGGGUACGACGAAUCGACUUAUCCGUGCAGCAGACGAAGCUUUGCGACCUGGAUCAACAGAAUAUCUACACAUCAUCAAUGACCUUUCAAAAGACCACUUGAACGUUGCCGACGAAAUGAUCAAUGACCCAGAAAUCCGUGAGCUUUUGAAGAAGGAUAUCGAGCGCGAUUGCACAAAGUUAAAAUCGUUCUUGGAAGCAGCUCAGAUCAUUAAUGAGAUCUCCCCACGAUCGCGAGAUAUCAUCAUUGGUGUUGGUGAAAAGCUAUCCUGUAGAAUUGUUGCUGCUGUGCUACAAGAUCGGGAUGUGGAUGCAGCAUUUGUUUCUUUUGAGAAUAUCAUUGACCGCGAGUUUGACGUUUUGGAUCAGCGUUUCUAUGACUACUUGGGCGAGCGCAUGGCCGAAAAAGUGCGCGAAUGUGGAAACAAGGUCCCCGUUGUUACAGGCUUUUUUGGCAUCGUCCCUGGUAGCUUACUCACCACCAUUGGUCGUGGUUACACUGAUCUGUGUGCAGCAUUGACCGCUGUGGGAUUGGGCGCCGAGGAACUUCAAGUCUGGAAAGAAGUCGACGGUAUCUUCACUGCUGACCCGCGUAAAGUCAAAUCCGCCCGCUUGAUUUCGAUCAUCACUCCUGAAGAAGCAUCCGAAUUGACUUACUAUGGUUCUGAAGUCAUCCACCCUUUCACCAUGGAGCAAGUGAUCCGUGCACACAUCCCUAUCCGCAUCAAGAACGUCCAAAAUCCACGUGGUCAAGGCACUGUCGUCUUCCCGACCGACUCUGUUUCAAAGGACGGCACAUCGACACCCCCUCAUUCUCCCAAGGUGCUGGCCGAAAACGGCUACCAUCUCGACCUGUCGCGCAAAUAUCCUACUGCAGUCACCAUCAAGGACAGUUUGAUGGUGCUCAACGUUCACUCCAAUCGCAAAAGUGUCAGCCACGGUUUCUUUGCAAAGAUCUUUUCCACGCUUGAUCGAUAUGGUGUUGUCGUCGAUCUCAUUUCGACAUCCGAAGUACACGUUUCGAUGGCCUUGGGUGCGGACAGUAAUGAAAAGGAUAUGCUGCGCGUGAUUGAAGACCUGCGAUCCGUCGGUCGGGUGGACGUCCUGAAUAACAUGGCCAUCUUGUCGUUGGUUGGCAAACAGAUGAAGAACAUGGUUGGUAUUGCCGGCAUGAUGUUUACGACGCUGGCGUCGGCUGGCGUCAACAUUGAAAUGAUUUCCCAGGGAGCUUCGGAAAUAAACAUCUCGUGUGUCAUCGAAGAGGCCAAGGCAGUAACCGCCAUGAACGUCAUUCACGAUCAACUUCUUAGCAAGCAGAGCACGCUGGUUUUGCCUGCAGUCAAGCAAUCCACAUUGGAAUCCUUGAUGAUAGAAUAG